AUGGCCGAAACAGCAAAAUCGACGCCUGCGACGGUGGACAUGGCGAAUCCGGAGGAGCUUAAGAAGGUUUUCAACCAGUUCGAUUCAAACGGCGACGGUAAGAUCUCGGUGCUUGAACUCGGCGGUGUUUUCAAAGCCAUGGGUACUUCGUACACGGAGACGGAACUCAAUCGCGUCUUGGAGGAAGUCGAUUCAGAUCGCGACGGUUACAUCAACCUUGACGAGUUCUCAGCCCUUUGCCGAUCGUCUUCCUCCGCAUCCGAGAUCCGCGACGCUUUCGAGCUCUACGAUCAGGACAAAAACGGACUCAUCUCCGCCGCUGAGCUUCACCAGGUGCUUAACCGUCUCGGUAUGUCUUGCUCCGUCGAAGACUGCACUCGUAUGAUCGGACCUGUGGAUGCUGACGGCGAUGGGAAUGUCAAUUUCGAAGAGUUUCAGAAGAUGAUGACGUCGACUUCCCUCGUCAACGGUGGAGGUUCGGUCUAG